AUGCUUCCUUUCCUAUAUCAAUCUUCCGUUAAAGACUUAACGCCUUCCAACUAUGCUCUACCAUACGUGACACACGGAAAAAUGCAAAAAGAAGCGGUGUCAAUAAAUGUCGAGUCGGCAUUUCCGCAAGUCACCCGAGAACUUGGGCCCUUAAAUGAAAUAGACAUAACAAGUGUAGAAAGAUCACGUAAACUACAUGCAGUAAAGAGUUUGCCACCAAAACCUCGGCCUAGCGAGUCGCCCUUUAUUCCGAAAAUUGGUAAUCCCUCAAAGUCAAAUUCGACAAAAGAUACUCGCGUCAGUAAAGGUAUUUCAAAGAAAAUCGCGAAAAAUGAAAAAAAAGAAACUCAUUCGGCUUGCGUGUUUCCAUAUGUAACAUUUCCAAAACCUUCUGGUUUUGAUAAAUGGAGCUCUGACCUUUUUCACGAAAUGAACGAAAAUAGCCUUACAGAUAGCGUGUUUCGUCAUACAGAGCCGGACAAAACAUUGGUGAUUGGGACAUGGGAUGAAUCAUCGGGAAAAAAAAUUAAAAGUUACGGAUCGACCAUUUCCGAGUUAGUCAAGAACAAGAAAUGCAACAUACAAGGGAAAAACUCGUCGAAAAAAAAAUCAAGGACUCGAUCUUUCUCCUAUGCUAAUCUUACUCCUCUGGCUACGCGUAAUGAGUUAUAUAAAGAGGUAGCAAUUCAAGAAGAAUCAGACAAGCAAAAUACAGAGGAAAGAAUUUUUCAACAACCAGUCAGUCUAUCGAUUCAUGGAAGCGAAGAUUUAGAUGAAUUAUUUAGAGGAAACACAUACUAUUCUAUCAGUACCGCGAUGCAAUCCAUUGAUAUUACGCAAGACACACGUAUUAUAUGGAACUCGUUUCCAGAACAAUGGACACAAUUUUGGCUGAAACGUCCUUGUGUGCUCUUGAGAGACUUUUCGCGUAUUCACAGACUUCAUGAACCUGUUUAUUGCUUGACGGUUGGAGAAAACAAAUCUUAUUGGUUCGAAUGUUUUGUUGGACAUCGAUAUUUCAACCCUUUACAAUCAUGUUUUAAUUGUUGGGUAGAAAAUGAUGCAAUAGAUUACGUCUCGAUUCAGGCGUUCGAAGUCUUGUGUAUAGAAUUUAACGAGACUCCCGGAUCUCCAACGAACAAACAGGCACAGUGUAAACACGAAGUUGUCAUCGAUAAUAGGAUUUGUCCAACAUCUGAUAUCAAUCAGCAGCACGAACGACAAUGGAUCCACCAUCAGAAAAAGAGUGCUUCAUUCUGGGAACGCCGACCUUGCGUACUCUUGUUUGAAUUCUGUCGGUUGCAUUCAUUACCCACUCCAAUCUAUUCUUUAAGUAUACAAAGAGAUUCUGGAAGGUUCUGGUUUGAUUGUUCGAUCGGUGAUAGAAACUUUUCUCCCAAAAACCAGUCGUGUAUGUGUUGUUGGGUUCAAAACGAUGCAAUAGAUCACGUCUCAAUACAGGCGUUUGAGUCAGUAUAUGCAGAACUGUGCAUUCGUGACGUACAGAGCAGUCUUGUACUUUAUGAAAAUCCACAAUUGUGCAUAAACCGAAAUUCCGAGACUAAUUAUAUGGAUAAAAAAAACACAAGCAUCGAGAAUACCGAAGAAAAGCAAGAAAAUUGUACAAAUGACAUCACCAGCCACAUAUUUUUGGAAAGCUAUUCGCAUCGCCUCAAAACAAAUCUUACGCGAUUUCAAAACUUUUAUCCGUACAAAAUUACUUCUCGUUCGACGGGCGAAAUGAACACGGGUGGAGAGUCAACACUGAACGCCUAUGAAAGACAGCGACUUGAAAACAUACGUCGCAAUGAAGAGAUACUCAGGCAGUUAAAUAUUCCUGAACUUAUCACAAAGAAAACCACUCCCAAGUCAAAACCGAAACCGAAACAAAAGUUUCCUAAAAAAGAGCCUAGUUUGCCAACACGUAAAUCCCUACGCAUACAAGGUUUUAAGGCGGAUGGUCCCGAGGCUAAGAGAAAAGCCGAAGAGGAAACAAAGAAUGUGAAGGUAACGACGGAAAAACGCGUUAGAAAGGAGGGCGAUCUUGAUUUAGGUUCCGUACGUUCGGAGGACAUGUCACUCGAUGAUACAAAGCAUUUCCUGGGUGUUUUAAUGGAUUUAACAAAGUUCAAGACAGGUAAUGAGCCUGAGGGCAUAAAAAAUGAAGACAUAGAUUAUAGCACUGUGGUGGGUGGUGAGCAAGGACUUCGAUCGGUUCGGUCAGUAUACAAGAAACUAAUCAUGGGUCUACGGUGGCCAUCCGUUAGCGUAACUCCGGAAAGGAUUUACUGCAUGGCUGUUCAUCCUGCGACGGACAAAAUAUUGGUUGCUGCUGGGGACAAGGUUGGCUCAUUGGGUUUUUGGGAUGUCAAGGACAAGGUGAAAUCGGAGUAUGACAACGACGACGAUGAGCCGCGAACAUACAUGUUCGAGGCGCACACAAAGACCAUAAUUUCCACCAAAUAUUUACCCAUCGAUUCCAACCAACUUUUUACAUGCUCGUAUGAUGGAUCAAUCCGCUACAUGGAUCUCAAUAAGGCAAAGUUCAUGGAAGCAUUGGUGUCCCGGGAUCAAUUGUCUUGCAUAGAUUUUCAUCCUAGUUCCAAAGUGAUGUACUUUUCGACGAAUGAAGGCAAGUUUGGCAUAAAAGACCUUCGAGAACCAAUCGAGACAUACAGAGGAUACACUCUUCACGAUAAAAAGAUCGGAUGCGUAUCGGUCAAUCCGAUCAAACCAGAACUCCUUGUGACCUCGUCGUUGGAAAAGUCUCUUCGGCUUUGGGAUGUCCGCAAUCUGAAAGAUCAGGACACUCACAUUCAGGAGAUACCUUUCAGAUACUCGGUCACGAGUGCUUAUUGGAGUCCCAACGGUGAUCAGGUAGUUUCCACCAGCUUCGACGAUACGGUAAGAGUGUUCGACCUGGACGGGAGGAAAUUGAAAUUACGCUUGACCGUCCCCCACGACAACCAAACGGGAAGGUGGGUCACCAUGCUUCGUGCAACAUGGAACCCGAAUCCGAAUGUUCACCCUCACUUUAUCAUCGGCAACAUGAGAAAAUCAGCCGACAUAAUCUCGGGUGUCAAUGGCGAGCUGAUAUGGAACAUGCGUGACAAACAGUUGACCACCAUACCAGCUGUUAACGCCUUCCAUCCGACGCUUAACUUUAUCGCAAGUGGCAAUGCUUCUGGAAAGAUGUUUUCGUGGGAGGAAGAGGACAGAUCGGAUUUCACGACCGCUAAAAAUCAGAGAAAUUGA